AUGUGCGCUCGUACAUUAAGCAUUAUCACCAGCAAUGCUGUAUGUGUGCUCGUACAUUUAGCAUUAUCGCCAGCAGUGCCGUAUGUGUGCUCGUACAUUCAGCAUUAUCGUCAGCAGUGCGGUAUUUACAUUCAGCAUUAUCGCCAGCAGUGCCGUAUGUACGAAUGUACAUUCAGCAAUAUCGCCAGCAGUGCCAUAUGUGCGCUCGUACAUUCAGCAUUAUCGCCAACAGUGCCGUACGUGCGCUCGUACAUUCAGCAUUAUCGCCAGCAGUGCCGUAUGUUCGCAUGUACAUUCAGCAUUAUCGCCAGCAGUGCCGUAUGUGCGCAUGUACAUUCAGCAUUAUCGCCAGCAGUGCCGUAUGUGCGCAAGUACAUUCAGCAUUAUCGCCAGCAGUGCCGUAUGUAAGCAUGUACAUUCAGCAUUAUCGCCAGAAGUGCCGUAUGUGUGCAUGUACAUUCAGCAUUAUCACCAGCAGUGCUGUAUGUACGCUCGUACAUUCAGCAUUAUCACCAGCAGUGCCUUAUGUACGCAUGUACAUUCAGCAUUAUCAACAGCAGUGCCGUAUGUGCGCUCGUACAUUCAGCAUUAUCACCAGCAGUGCCGUAUGUGCGCUCGUACAUUAAGCAUUAUCACCAGCAGUGCUGUAUGUGUGCUCGUACAUUAAGCAUUAUCACCAGCAGUGCUGUAUGUGUGCUCGUACAUUUAGCAUUAUCGCCAGCAGUGCCGUAUGUGUGCUCGUACAUUCAGCAUUAUCGUCAGCAGUGCGGUAUUUACAUUCAGCAUUAUCGCCAGCAGUGCCGUAUGUACGAAUGUACAUUCAGCAAUAUCGCCAGCAGUGCCAUAUGUGCGCUCGUACAUUCAGCAUUAUCGCCAACAGUGCCGUAUGUGCGCUCGUACAUUCAGCAUUAUCGCCAGCAGUGCCGUAUGUUCGCAUGUACAUUCAGCAUUAUCGCCAGCAGUGACGUAUGUGCGCAUGUACAUUCAGCAUUAUCUCCAGCAGUGCAGUAUGUGCGCAAGUACAUUCAGCAUUAUCGCCAGCAGUGCCGUAUGUAAGCAUGUACAUUCAGCAUUAUCGCCAGAAGUGCCGUAUGUGUGCAUGUACAUUCAGCAUUAUCACCAGCAGUGCUGUAUGUGCGCUCGUACAUUCAGCAUUAUCGCCAGUAGUGCCGUAUGUGUGCUUGUACAUUCAGCAUUAUCGUCAGCAGUGCGGUAUUUACAUUCAGCAUUAUCGCCAGCAGUGCCAUAUGUGCGCUCGUACAUUCAGCAUUAUCGCCAGCAGUGCCUUAUGUAUGCAUGUACAUUCAGCAAUAUCGCCAGCAGUGCCAUAUGUGCGCUCGUACAUUCAGCAUUAUCACCAGCAGUGCCUUAUGUACGCAUGUACAUUCAGCAUUAUCACCUGCAGUGCCGUAUGUGCGCUCGUACAUUAAGCAUUAUCACCACCAGUGCCGUAUGUGUGCUCGUACAUUUAGCAUUAUUGCCAGCAGUGCCGUAUGUGUGCUCGUACAUUCAGCAUUAUCGUCAGCAGUGUGGUAUUUACAUUCAGCAUUAUCGCCAGCAGUGCCAUAUGUGCGCUCGUACAUUCAGCAUUAUCGCCAACAGUGCCGUACGUGCGCUCGUACAUUCAGCAUUAUCGCCAGCAGUGCCGUAUGUUCGCAUGUACAUUCAGCAUUAUCGCCAGCAGUGCCGUAUGUUCGCAUGUACAUUCAGCAUUAUCGCCAGCAGUGCCGUAUGUGCGCAAGUACAUUCAGCAUUAUCGCCAGCAGUGCCGUAUGUAA